AUGGUUAAAUCACUAUUCAAUAUAUGUUUGGCAGCUACGUGUCAACAUAAUUUAUAUGGAUAUUUGGCUGAUUUACCAACCUCUUGCAAGCAACGUCUGCUCGAGUUCUUUAGUUCCCAUGACCAGUUAUUUCUAUCAGAAUGUGCUCAACUUGUAUUGUCACCUUCGUUUGGAAGGAAUCUUACGGAAUUACGUUUUUAUCUAAGUGAUCAAGUGACUGACAAUGUUCUGGAAGCUAUUGCAGCUCAUAAUCGUGCACUUCAACAAAUUUCAGGUAUUAGAGCAAUAACAAGCGGACAACGAAAACUCGAGAAAUUAGAAUUUAGGGCAUUGAAGAAGCUUACAUCAAAUGGUUUAUCAUUGAUAAAGUCCAAUUUCUUAUACACGGUUGAUCUAAGCUCUUGCACAAUGGUUAAAAGCGACGGGAUCUAUCAGCUUGUUUACUUGAAUCGUAAUAUCCAUUGUUUGUAUUUGAAUAACUGCAGAGGUCUGAAUGAUCAAGCGCUUUAUGAUAUUGCACAUUAUCUCGGGGAAAAAUUAUCUGUUUUGGAGCUGGAUUUUUUACCAAAUGUGGUCGAUCCAUCUUCUGCUCUGUUUUAUUUGAGUCGUAACUGCCCAAACAUCAAACAGUUGUCACUUUGCCGCUUUUUCGAAAUGGAAAGAGAGCUUGCACUAAUGCCUGAAUACAGAAUUGCUGGUGUAGGAUUGCGCGAUGUUGAUUUAUACGGGAAUUAUUUUUUCACUUUACCUUUGUUACCGCCAACGGUAAGUAGGCUACGGUUGUCAGUAUGCGGCGAUGAAGACGUGAAUAGCUUAAUCGAUCGCCUAGAAACGUUGCCUCAACUGACAAGUAUUCAUCUGCAGAUGAGCUGCAAGGAACCAAGCUGGCGAUGUGUAGAAGAUGCUAAUACAUUCUUACGUUCCAUCUUACCUUAUAUAGGAAGCAAAAUAACGCGACUUCAUAUAUCGCUGCCAACGGUUAUUGAUGGUGUUUUCAAUUUGAUAAUACAAUGCCUACCAAAUUUAAGUCAUUUGGCACUUGACGUAAAACAUAUCAAUAACAAGCUGUUGCGAUUGUUUUUUGCUGGUGGAGUUCAUUCGCCAGGUUCAAGAUUACGAUCACUGAAAUUAUGCCGCCUUCGAACAACUUAUAGAGCUCUGUUUGCAAUUGCGCGUGGAGCACAUUCGAUCACGGACUUGGAGGUGUCGCAUAUUUCAUGUGUUGAUGACCGCUUCUUGGCGUUGUUAGCAGAUAACUGCAUGGGUUUGAAGAAUAUUAAUUUGAACGGUUGUAGAUAUGUCACAGACGAAGGACUUGCUGCACUAGCGCGAAAGUGCUGCUUAAAGGAAGUGCGAAUUCGUGCAACAUCAUGUACGGACAAGUCAAUCUAUUUGUUGGCGCAGUUUUGUCCCGAUCUGGAAUGGAUAUCACAUGCUGAUUUCAGUGGACGUCCAAAAUUUAGUGACAAAGCACUGCAGUGUCUCAAAGAUUCUUGCGUGCAAAGGGUUAUUUGCUGA